UAUAUAAACCACUCAGCUGUGCCCUAUACUGUAUAUCACACACUCUGAUAUUGGGGUGUCAGGCAAGUGGUUCCAGGUGAAUGUAAUGAGAGGGUUAAUAAGUGAUAUUGGGGUGUCAGGCAAGUGGUUCCAGGUGAAUGUAAUGAGAGGGUUAAUAAGUGAUAUUGGGGUGCUUGGCAAGUGGUUCCAGGUGAAUGUAAUGAGAGGGUUAAUAAGUGAUAUUGGGGUGUCAGGCAAGUGGUUCCAGGUGAAUGUAAUGAGAGGGUUAAUAAGUGAUAUUGGGGUGUCAGGCAAGUGGUUCCAGGUGAAUGUAAUGAGAGGGUUAAUAAGUGAUAUUGGGGUGUCGGGCAAGUGGUUCCAGGUGAAUGUAAUGAGAGGGUUAAUAAGUGAUAUUGGGGUGCUUGGCAAGUGGUUCCAGGUGAAUGUAAUGAGAGGGUUAAUAAGUGAUAUUGGGGUGUCAGGCAAGUGGUUCCAGGUGAAUGUAAUGAGAGGGUUAAUAAGUGAUAUUGGGGUGCUUGGCAAGUGGUUCCAGGUGAAUGUAAUGAGAGGGUUAAUAAGUGAUAUUGGGGUGUCAGGCAAGUGGUUCCAGGUGAAUGUAAUGAGAGGGUUAAUAAGUGAUAUUGGGGUGCUUGGCAAGUGGUUCCAGGUGAAUGUAAUGAGAGGGUUAAUAAGUGAUAUUGGGGUCUCAGGCAAGUGGUUCCAGGUGAAUGUAAUGAGAGGGUUAAUAAGUGAUAUUGGGGUGCUUGGCAAGUGGUUCCAGGUGAAUGUAAUGAGAGGGUUAAUAAGUGAUAUUGGGGUGUCAGGCAAGUGGUUCCAGGUGAAUGUAAUGAGAGGGUUAAUAAGUGAUAUUGGGGUGUCAGGCAAGUGGUUCCAGGUGAAUGUAAUGAGAGGGUUAAUAAGUGAUAUUGGGGUGUCAGGCAAGUGGUUCCAGGUGAAUGUAAUGAGAGGGUUAAUAAGUGAUAUUGGGGUGUCAGGCAAGUGGUUCCAGGUGAAUGUAAUGAGAGGGUUAAUAAGUGAUAUUGGGGUGUCAGGCAAGUGGUUCCAGGUGAAUGUAAUGAGAGGGUUAAUAAGUGAUAUUGGGGUGUCAGGCAAGUGGUUCCAGGUGAAUGUAAUGAGAGGGUUAAUAAGUGAUAUUGGGGUGUCAGGCAAGUGGUUCCAGGUGAAUGUAAUGAGAGGGUUAAUAAGUGAUAUUGGGGUGCUUGGCAAGUGGUUCCAGGUGAAUGUAAUGAGAGGGUUAAUAAGUGAUAUUGGGGUGUCAGGCAAGUGGUUCCAGGUGAAUGUAAUGAGAGGGUUAAUAAGUGAUAUUGGGGUGUCAGGCAAGUGGUUCCAGGUGAAUGUAAUGAGAGGGUUAAUAAGUGAUAUUGGGGUGUCAGGCAAGUGGUUCCAGGUGAAUGUAAUGAGAGGGUUAAUAAGUGAUAUUGGGGUGUCAGUGAAGUUAGUGCUGUGGGUAAGACAACAGGCUUUGCCUGACUCCUGACUCCUGACUCUCCCAUUAAUCUCACUGUAUAAUCCCAGCACGUUUGUACUUGCCCCACUCAUUUCAAACACUCACUGGAAGCUCCUUUAACUCUUUCAGCACUUUCUGAGUUCUAUGUCCAUCCCCCUUAUAGCGGAGAAGAGCACUGAUACUCUGUACUGUGAGCUUGUUGUCUCUAUGCACUGCCAGACCCCCUCUCCAGCCCUUUGGUACCCUCUUGUGUUACUGCCCACUCUCCAUUAGGGUAACAUUGACUGACUGAGCAAUAGCCUGGGGUCGGCUGAGCUCCUGCAGUGAGACAUUGUGUCCUUGUGAUGUUUUCAGAGGGAAUAAAUAGGCAACAUUGUGUAUUUGUUGUCACAUCACUUCUCCCCAUUGCUGGGACUACAGACUGGGAGUGAAUAAACUGUUUGCUGGGGGCAGGUGAAAUAUAUACAACGUAUCUUUACUGGCCCUGUAGUUACUUAGUCUCCACUAUAUACAUAAUGGCAUAUACACCUGCAGCUUUCUUCUUGCCUUCCCAUUGGUUGUUCUCAUACAAAGAAACAUAGAAGGAUUUUCAUCCCAGUCCUGGAUUGUUACACUGAUCAGACUUGCCGGUCUGACUGUCACCAGUUAGUGCGCGGGUGUAGGUGAAGGGCUGCUUAUUGUUGCUGUGUGUACAGCAGCUCUGUUUUUAUAUAUAUAUAUAUAUAUAUAUAUAUACGCGCACACACACAGACACACGAGGAAUUGGGUGAGUGUUGAAGGAAUGUUGCUGAGUAGAUGGAAAUGUGUAUUAAAGAGCUGCACACGUUUCCUCCUUAAUUACCCAUCAUUUUGGCAUAAUCAUAACAUAAAGGAAACAAUCUACUUAAUUAGGGCUCUUAACCCCUUAUUUAUAAUGGGAGCUCCAAUGAGAAGCCUGGGCUCCCUCACAAUAAAGCUGGGAGACUCCAUAAUGAAAGCUUUGGUGCUGAGUCUCUCCGGCUCCCCUGGGGCCCUCGCUGUGGCCCUGCCCUCGGCACUCUCAGGCCUGUGCUUGUUCCCUUGUCUCCUUCCCACACUCACACUGUGUGUAUCCCUGGGGCGGGGGGUGUAUAUACAUGGAGUCACAUAUAGAUCAUCUACUCAUCCUGUUUAUUUCUAACAUUCUCAUGGGAAGAAUAAUCUUCUGCUGCCGGCCUCCAUUCCCAUAGUCACAAGGGAGGUUGUGUAGCCAAACGAUAUCAUUGUAUCACUCUAAGUGUGAAUAAAGGCAAA